AUGGAUCCGGAGCCGCUCCACAUCCUGCUCGAGAGGGCUUCGUCGUCCAGUGAGAGGGAUGAGGAGAAUCGGGGGCCUAGCUUGGUGUUGACAGGGGUGCUUUUGUUGACGAUUGCGACAUUGGUGGUGAGUGGGAGGAUUUAUUGUCGGGCGGUGUUGAUACGGAGGAUGGGGCCUGAUGACUGGUGCAUGAUAUUUGCUACGAUAAUGGCGACGCCCAUCGUGGUGAUGAAUUGUAUUAGUGUCGCAGGAGGCGUCGGCCACCACACCUGGACCACCGAGCGCUCUGGGGAGCAGCAAGCCAUCAUGCUUGGCUGGUUCUCGAUGCUCCACUACUUUCUCGCCCUCGGCCUCACAAAAUGCUCCCUUCUUCUCUUCCUCAUCCGACUCGGUCCCGGAACGCCCCUCUGCUACACCUCAUGGGGUAUCCUCGUCUUUGUCACGCUGUAUACGCUCAUCGCCUUCGUUCUCUCUGCUAUUCAAUGUAUGCCAGUAUCGUAUAUGUGGGGCGCAGCUGCGGCGGGAAAGUGUAUGGACAGGAAGACUAUGGGUCUGGUGCUGUACUCGAUUAGUAUCGCAACGGAUUUUGCCAUUUGGGUGGUGCCGCUCAAGACGGUGUGGAGGAUCAGGAUGCCGACACGGCAGAAGGUAGCACUUAUUGGUGUAUUUUCGUUGGGGAGCUUGAGUGUGUUGGCGGGUUUUUUGAGGUUGAGGAGUGUGAUAAGGUCGUUUACCACGAAGGAUCCGAUGUAUGAUAAUACGGAUCUGGGGAUAUGGUCGCUAGUCGAAGUACUGAUAGGAAUCAUAUGUGGCUCCGCGCCGGCGGUCAAGCCACUGUUCUCAAAGUUUCUUCCGGGCUUCUUGGGAAACUCUCAGAUUACUCCACCGGAAUUAAUAGAUAACGUUAAUGGACAGAGAAUACCUGGGCGGCGGUCAUGGGGGGGUACGACGUAUGCGUUGGGGUCGGUGGGGGGCGGGGCAGAGGGGGCGUCCACGGAGGGGUUCCGAGGAGCGGGGGAGACGGAGCCUAUAGAGAUUGAGGUUGAGCUGGAGCCGGUGGACCUGGGCGUUGCGGGAAAGAAUUUGGAGGUGGAAUUGGCAGACAGGGUGUAG